CGUCCAGAGGCGGGACUAGAGCCCCUUAACGGACAGCUCUUUCAGCCAAUUCAGAGCCGGCAUCAGGCGCCUCUUCCUGGAAGAGGAGGAGGCCGGAAGUCGGAUUUGGCUGCGGUCGCCAAGGCGGGAGCUACUGUAAACCGAGAGCUGAGGUUCUCCAUCUUCCGCAAUGGGUGAGCCACAGCAAGUGAGUGCCCUUCCACCACCUCCGAUGCAGUACAUCAAGGAGUAUACGGACGAGAAUAUUCAGGAAGGCCUCGCCCCCAAGCCCCCGCCUCCGAUAAAAGACAGUUAUAUGAUGUUUGGCAACCAGUUCCAAUGUGAUGAUCUUAUCAUCCGCCCUUUAGAAAGUCAGGGCAUCGAACGGCUUCAUCCUAUGCAGUUUGAUCACAAGAAAGAACUGAGAAAACUCAACAUGUCCAUCCUCAUUAAUUUCCUAGACCUCUUAGACAUCUUGAUACGGAGCCCGGGAAGUAUAAAGCGGGAAGAGAAGUUAGAAGAUCUGAAGUUGCUUUUUGUCCAUGUGCAUCAUCUCAUAAACGAAUACCGACCCCACCAAGCCAGAGAGACUUUGAGAGUCAUGAUGGAGGUGCAGAAACGACAGCGCCUUGAAACAGCUGAGAGGUUUCAGAAGCAUCUGGAAAGAGUCAUUGAGAUGAUUCAGAAUUGCUUGGCUUCUUUGCCUGAUGAUUUGCCCCACUCAGAAGCAGGGAUGAGAGUAAAGACUGAACCGAUGGAUGCUGAGGAUCACAACAAUUGUACUGGACAGAAUGAACAACAGAGAGAAAGCUCAGGUCACAGGAGAGACCAGAUUAUAGAGAAAGACGCUGCCUUAUGUGUGCUCAUUGACGAGAUGAAUGAGAGACCAUGAAGGGCGUUUCUUUUUCUUUGUGCUUUUCUUUCUUUCCUUUCAUUAAAUAACAUCGUAUGUUAGUUAAUUUGUGCCUGGACAGUCUUAAAGCAAAUGACCAGAAGUCGUGUGAAUGCCUUGACUCCCCAUCUUUAUCUGUUAUGAGAUGUGAGGCAGUGAUUUCACCUUACACAAGCGUGGGCAGAGGAGUGUGCCAGCAUUACUAGAGAAUUCACCUUAAAAAGCAAAGUGUGUGCUGCUGUCUUGUGGAACAUGCCUGUUUUGCGAGUUGCAGUAAAGUGGUGAAGAUAUCCUCAGUAAUGGCAAGCUUUCCUCCUUGAAAAGUAGAUUUGUAAUUUGCUUAAAGAAUGAUAGAUAAAUAAAGGAUAUCAAUAUGUAGAUGUGAAAUUGAAACCUUUAGAUUUAUUUCAGUUAAAAUUUGCUUCAUCUCUGCAGGGCCAGUGGGCCUUGUCCUGGAAGAUGGCAGCGUGUCCAGGUGUGGGGGAGCGGUGCUCCUCUCAGGAAGGAGAGACACCAGACAGACCCAAAUAGCUGCUCAAAUGCUACACGUUUGAAAACUUAACUAUAUGAAAUCAGACCUGUGAGGAUUCAGGUACAUCUCUGGACCCCCUGUCAUAAUGAAUAUUCCUGAGAGUUUGAAUGAAAUGAAAUAUCUGGAAGAAUAACCUGGAUGCCUCUUUGCAUUUCCAGUGUCCAAACCCACACCACAGAGAACAAUUUCAUGGUUUUGGAGUGGGACCCUGGCACUGCUUUUAAGAAAUCUGUAGCUGGUUUACAGGAGGAUUGCAGGAGGAGGAUUGCGUAGGCAGGCCCUACCUGAGUUAGCAUAGUCAUAGUUGGCUUCAUUGAAAGGAUACUGCGUGAUGUUGCGUGACGAAAGUAUAAAGGAACAGGUAAUGCUGAAGGGGGCUGGGUGGGUGUCCGGGCCAACUGGGACUCAGGCUCCAUCCAGACCCUCUCUCCUGUCUGGCUUCUCACUUUUGGCUUCAUUCUCUUAAUAAAUCAACUUCCUUCACAGUGUGGAUGGAGAAAAAGGCUACUCUGAGUUCCCAAGUGUAAACUUUCAGCACCAUUAUCUGGGAUUUGUCUUUCAGUACAGAUUAACAGAAGAGGUGGAAUUUACCAGUCCGCAGUGGGGGAAGUAGGGGCGACAUACCUGAUUUCAGCUGAGCCAGUCAGCUGGAGCCUGGUCCUGUAAGAUGGCAGUGUGUCCGGAGGAGGGGGUGCGCCUUUGGGAAAGGGGAGGCACCAAAUAGACACAAGCAGCUACUCAAAACUAAGUACCUGUACUUCUGAUACAAGAGCAAAAUAACAGGUACUACUUCAUCUUCCCCACACCUGCCUGAGUUCUGCUUUACCAUUCAUUUGUUCUUUCACUGCACACAUUUUAUACUGUCCUUUCAGGCCUAACACUUGUCUAGAUAGUGGCACAGGAAGUGGGGAUAAAAGUAAAAGAAAAGGUAAAGAGAAAGUGAGUUACUGAAGGUGGUUACUUCAUGCCUUAGCCAUUCAUACAUCAUAACGCUCAGAAGCAUCUUGGGCCCAGUUACUUUCCCAUUGCCUGCUCAAAUGCCUCAUCCACAUUAUCUAUCUUUUCAAGUCAUGUAUACAUUUGUCAAAGGUUUUGGAAGAUGAUAUCAUGUGUUGUGCUGUAUUUCAGAAAAAAGUCCUGUGCUGGGCCCUGAAUUCACUGGUAAGACUACAGAUGCCUCAUGAGAAAAUAAAAAGUUGGCACGAUUUGAAGGAGAAAGGCUGUUAUGGCCACUGUGUAGUGAGGGAAGUGUUUGGAGCUGGGGAUGCUGACAUAGGGCAGAUAAAGUUCAGAAGCGUUUGUCCUCAAUGAGGGGAAUCAAGAGCAAACACACAGGGCUUAGUUGACAUUGCUCUAAUCGCCUUAUAUCUAUCAAGUCAUUUCAUCCUCACCACAACCCAGUGAGAUCGGCAUUCUUUUCCAACCAUAUCGCAGAUUUGGAAGCAGAAACUAAGAGGUUAAGUAAUUUUCCCCAAGUGACCAGCUAGUGAAUUGGAGAGGCAGGAUGGAAAUUUCUCUGGCUUCCAGUCUAAGCAUCAGCCUCCAUCCUUUGCCACCUCUCACUGCAUCAUAGUAUCAGUAGUCAUUGGUCAUCAGUAUUGGCACCAAGGAUGGAAUCCAAGAUCUUUGCCCUGAAGUCCACACUCCAAGACACCCCAUGAUUCUGGACUGAGGAAGGGGUAAGUUCGUAGAGCUCCCUCUGUGCAGUAUCUGAAGGUGAGUCUAUGCAUGUAGGCGUAAUCUUGCGAAAAAUUCCUCUCGUGAGGUAUUAUACCCAUUUUAUAGAAGUGAGCUUCAGUGUGUGCUUCCCUGGUGGUGUACAUGGAUGAGAAUCUAGGCCAGGAGUCCAAAAGCUUUUUCUGAAGCCAGUUUCUAAAUGUUUCAGGCAUUAGAGGCCAAGUUCUGUGUCACAACUAGUAAAUUAUAGAGCACAGAACAGCCAUAGGAGACACGUAAGCAAAUGAGCGUGGCUAUAUGCCAAUACAACUUUAUCUAUGGACUUGAAAUUUGAAUAUAAUCACAUGUUAAUGAAAUACUAAUUUUUUCUCAACUAUUUACACAUGUCAAUCAAAAAAUGUAGUUGACAGUUCUAAACCUGGAAUGUUUUUGGAAAAGUGAUGAAAUAAGAAAAAUGAUAGGACUGUUCCUAGUCUAUGAGAGCCUGGGUAGAGAACUCUUAGCACAACUUCUGGUGUUCAGUAAGCUGUCAGAAGUUAGCUGUAUCCUCAAUGUUUUGGUUAUUGCAUUUGGCAGUUUGAAGAGAUGUAGGCACCCCAAGUUUAUUGCAACAUUUACAAUAGCCAAGAGGUGGAUACUACCUAAGUGCCCCUACAGUCCAAUGAUGAGAGGUGGUUUAUGUAAACAAUGGAAUACUAUACAGCUAUAAAACAUGAUCUUGUCUUACAAGUAGAUGGAUGAAUCUGAAGUGCAUUAUGCUCAGUAAAAUAAGUCAGAGAAAGAGAAAGGCCAUGAUUAUACUCAUAUAUAGUAUAUAGAGGACACAGAUGAAAUACAAAAUUAAAAUUUUGGACUAUACAGCCAAUUGUUACCAGAAGGGUCUGAUUGAGGGGGUGGUUUAUCCAGACAUUGGCAUAGAGAAGGAUAGAUUUGACUUUUAGUGAUCUAUGUAUUAUAUACUCACACAGAUUCCCUAUGAUGCACACCUGAAAGUUAUGAAGCGAUAUUAUUCAAUUUAAAAAGGAAAAAAAACCUAGAAUGCAAGAAUUAACAUUUGCAGUGUCAUGUUGCUGCCAGCAGAUGGCGCCAUCAUUCCAGCUGGGAGCUGCAGCUUGCAGAAGAGGGACUCAGAUGGAGGCUCCCAGAGAUGCUGCUAGUGAUUCAACAAGUGAGCCUUGCAGCCUGUACCUGUCUGUGGCCAGCGCCAUCUUUGUCAUGGGGAGGACAGGCUGUGGGUUUUUAAAAAAUAAUCAGUGUUACAUAAUCAGUGAAUAGGCGCCUUUGAUUAGAAUCUAUUGCAGGGCUACCUGGACCAGUGCUGGGGAGUCCUCUGGUGCUAUGGUUAAGACGGGACAGUGAUAGGGGAUGCCUGUCACAUCUGCUUGUCACAUAGACUAAGUUUUCUGAAGUGCAGCAACCCCCAGAUUUGGCAUGAGAUGUUGAAAUGAUGGGGCUCGGGUGGGGAAAGGUGGCUGCAAGGAUGCAUGGUGUCAGAAAUGGAAGAAAAGAUGUGUUUUAUAUUGAGACAACAAAUAGAUGAAGUAUAAAUUAAAAAUUUGGGGCUGUAAAGCCAUUUAAUUGUUACCAGAAGAUAAGUUGGAAAGAGGUAAAUAAAGCAAGACAAAGGGACAGUGGUAUGGGGAAAGGUAGAACUGGACUUUCAGUGUUGAAAUUGAUGUAUAUACUCAUGUUGACUUUCAGUGGUGCAUCUCUGAUGUGUAGGGUGCUAUAUAGCAAUAUUUAAUUUAGAAAGAACAGAAACAAAAACAAAUCCAAAUAUUAAGAACUUUCUUGUAGUGUCAUGAUGCUGCCAGCAGAUGGCGCCAUCUCUGAUUUGGGAGCAGCAGCCUGAAGCAGAGGAGGGGCUGCUAGUGAUUCAACAAGUGAGGCUUGCAGCCUGCGCCUGUCUGUGAGCAGACGUGGGGAGGACAGGCUGUGGGUUUUUUCGAGAUAACCAGUGUUAUGUAGUGAAUAGGAGUGUUUAAUCAGAGCCUUUCUUGCAGGGCUGCCUGUACCAGCGCUGGGGAGACCUCAGGUACUGUAGUUAAGAGGAGAAGGUGACAGGAAGAUGCUUGUCACAUUUGCUUAUCAGAUAGACCAAUUUCAGUGAUGUG